AGCUCGCAGUUUUUGUCUAGAUUCAGACGAGGCAACAUGAAACCCACGCUCUACUACGACGACCGAAGUCCACCGGUUCGAAGUUGUUUGCUUCUCAUUAAGAUUCUAAACAUUGACGUUGAAUUAAAAUUUAUAGAUUUAUUUAAAGGCGAACAAUUGAAGCCAGAUUUCUUAGAGAUAAAUCCAGCACACUCAGUGCCGGUAUUGCAGCACAAUGGACUCACUCUAAAUGAUAGUCAUGCAAUUUUAAUUUAUUUAUGUGAAUACUUUGAUGGCGGAGCUGAUUGGUGGCCCGAAGAUAAACUCGAACGGAUUAAAGUUAUUAACAAAUUAUUUCUUGAAUGUUCAUUUUUAUUUCGAAGAGAUAGUGAUAUGAUGUCGGAAAUUGUAAGGAAGGGAUUCGAUAAUAUCGAUUUGGCAUUCCAUGAGAGGAAAAUUCUCGAGGUUUAUUCUGGUCUGGAGAAGAAUCUGUCAAUGGACCGAUAUAUGUCUGGAAGCAAAAUGUCAAUCGCAGAUUUAUCAUUCCUGACCACAUUAAGCACCGUGGAUCUCAUGUUUCCAAUAACAGCAGAGAAGUGGCCUCGCUUAAAUGAAUGGUUUAAAGACAUGAAACAUACACUUGGAGCAACAUAUAGCGAAUGCAAUGUCACUGGAUUAGAAAAAUUGAGAGAUAUGAUAGAAAAGAUGGGAAAGUUUAAGUUUCCAACAAGAGGAAAUAAUUAAUUUUUGAAAACACGUAAAUGUAAUUUUCUCUUUGACAAGAGUACAUACAUAUUAUUUAAAAUGAAGUUUGUAUGAAUCUUGUUAUUUCUUUUGAAAUUCUAAAUAAACAAAGCUCGACAUUGAAAAGCUGAA